AUGGCUGAUGUGGGCGGGGCCGAGGAACCAAUGAUGGGUGUCAAAGAUAGAACUGCGACAGUAAAGCUAAUACCUGGAACCGGUCCAGCUGGAGCAUGCCUGUCUUGUAUUUAUGCUACUCCAGAAUGGUGUCGAGAGAAUCUCCUUCUGGUUCUGACCGUUGCCGGUGUUGUUCUGGGCAUCGUUGUUGGCUUUUCCCUGAGAACGGCAGAUCUAUCAGAGGACACAAUCAUGAUCCUUUCCUUUCCUGGGGACAUGCUGAUGAGCAUGCUGAAGAUGUUGAUUGUCCCCCUUAUCAUUAGCAGUAUGAUCACAGGACUGGCUUCUCUAGACCCAGUAAACUCUGGACGGAUGGGUCUGCGUGCUAUCGUCUAUUACUUCAUGACUACAUUCAUUGCCAUUAUUCUGGGAAUUAUUUUGGUGCUGGCAAUUCAUCCAGGGGAGCAUGAUCUCGGGGUCCGACGUCGGAGUGUCAAAGAGCAACACACACCUACUUCUGUAGAUGCUUUUAUGGAUCUACUCAGAAAUAUUUUCCCGAGCAACAUCCUGCAAGCUUGCUUCCAGCACACAAAGACCGUCUAUACCAUGGAGGAGCCCGAGGAGUACAUUCUGACAAAGCCCAACAUCUCUGACCUGCUGAACCAGUUCAACACGACCACAACAGCCUCCACCACCACCACCACGCAGACCACCACCACUAACACAACUAAUGAAACGGUUGUUUUCAUUCAAAAGGAGGUUAAGAAAUGGGUUCGGAUAUAUCCGAUGGCUGAUGGAGUCAAUGUGCUUGGUAUCAUCACAUUCUGCACAGUUUUCGGCAUCCUUAUCAGCAACAUGGGAGCCAAGGGUAAAAUCAUGAUUGAAUUCUUCGGUGUACUCAAUGAAAUCAUCAUGAAAAUGGUCUUCCUUGCCAUGUGGUAUUCCCCGGUUGGCAUCAUGUUUCUCAUCACAGGCAAGAUCCUCCAACUGGAGGAUCCAGCAAAGGUGGGUCAGCAGCUAGGCAUGUACAUGGUGACCAUCCUGCUGGGGCUGACCAUCCACACCCUAGCCGUGCUGCCCAGCAUUUACUUCGUCAUGACCAGGAAGAACCCUUUUCGGAUUAUGUGGGGUGUUGUACAAGCAUGGGUUACUGCCCUUGGGACGGCUUCUAGCACAGCAACCCUGCCCGUGACCUUCCAUUGUCUAGAAGACAAGCUGCACAUUGACAAAAGGGUCACCCGCUUUGUGCUGCCGAUAGGGGCCACAAUCAACAUGGAUGGGACCGCUCUAUACGAGGCUGUGGCUCCCAUUUUUAUCGCACAGAUGAACGGUAUGGAGCUCACCUUUGGCAAGAUCGUCGCCAUCAGUCUGACAGCAACCUGCGCUAGCAUCGGAGCAGCAGCUAUCCCCAGUGCAGGGCUGGUUACCAUGGUGAUGGUGCUGACCUCCGUUGGGAUUCCGGCAGACGACAUCAGCCUGAUCCUGGCUGUCGAUUGGUUCCUGGACAGAUUCCGGACAGCGACCAACAUCCUGGGCGACAGUUUCGGAGCGGCUGUUGUGGAGCACUUGUCCCGCCAUGAGCUACAGCUGGACCCACAUUCUCCCAUUGAUGACGCCCCUGAGUUUGACAUGCACAACAACAAGAACAAGUCUGUGGCCAACAGUACCGCAGAGAGAAUAACAGAAGAUCAGCUCUAG